AAAUCUUGUUUCCUGUCACAUUCGUAUCAGAUCUUUUGUUGUACUUUAGUGUACUUCAGUGUUUUAUAUUAAUUUUAAUAUUUAAAUUAAACAUGGACUUGAAAAUAUUUAUCCUUGUUCUUAUGUGCGCUGGCAUUGGAUUUGCCGAAGAAAAACUUUACUCAGACAAAUAUGAUUACGUUGAUGUGGACGGGAUUUUAAACAACGCGAGACAGCGGGAAGCUUAUUACAAAUGUUUCGCGGGAACUGGGCCUUGUAUUAGUGCAGACGCUAAAUUUUUCCGAGAUCACUUUCCCGAAGCAAUUGUGACGAACUGUAAAAGAUGCACCAGAAAACAGCUGGUUAGUUUCGAUAAAAUAACAGAUUGGUACACUACGCAUGAGCUGGACAAAUACAAUGCUCUCGUUGCCAUGGCAAUUAAAAAAUACUCGAAAAAUUAGUGGUAAAAAUUGACUUUUAUAACCUAACAUGAUCCAGUUCUGAUUGAUGCUCAAGCCUAGUCCAUAAGUUUGUAAACUGUUCUGUUAUAUAUAUAAAUAUAUAUAUUAUUAAUAAAAUAAAAAGUCAACAAUU